AUGGCGACUCAUGGACGCGGUCGCGGGCGAGGAAGAGGUAGACUAGGAAAUGCGAACCUUGAAACGGUGGGAAACAACCCUGUGAGCUUCAUGGCCACCCUGGAAAACGUGGCUGCAGCUAUGCAGGCGACAGCCGAAGCGUUAGGAAAUCAAGCGAACCAUGGAAAUGGCGAUAAUGGUGGAAAUGGGCCGAUGACGCUCGCCACUUUUCUGAAGAUACAGCCACCGACAUUUGGAGGAACCACGAACCCUACUGAGGCUGACGAUUGGUUUCAAGCGAUCGAACGGGCUUUACACGAACAGCAAGUCACUAAAGAUCAAUGUGUUGAAUUUGCAACUUAUCAAUUGGCGGGUAAAUCCCAGUAUUGGUGGCAAGGAACGCGACGCCUUCUGCAGCAGGGUGAUACUGCUAUAUGCCGGGAUGCAUUUCGAACUGAGUUUUACAAGAAAUACUUCCCCAAUUCUGUUAGAACAGCUAAGGAACUUGAACUGCUGCAGCUGAAGCAGGGUCAAAAGACUGUCGCGGAGUACACUAACAUAUUUGAGGAACUGUGUCGAUUCUCCAAAAUUUGUCAAGGAGCUCCAGGAGAUUUGAGGAAUGGAAGUGUAUAA